CCGCCCCCACGCGCCGCGAGGGAGGAGCCGGGCGCGCUGAGUCGGGCGCGCGGAGUCCGAGUCGGGAACCCGCGCCUUGCGGCCGGCGGCCGGCGGCGAUGAAGAUCUGGAGCUCGGAGCACGUGUUCGGCCACCCAUGGGACACCGUCAUCAAAGCUGCCAUGAGGAAGUACCCGAAUCCGAUGAACCCCUGUGUUGUGGGAGUUGACGUGCUGGAGCGCAGUGUGGAUGGCCGGGGCCGGCUUCACAGCCACCGCCUCCUCAGCACCGAGUGGGGGCUGCCCGGCUUCGUGAAAGCGAUUUUGGGAACCAGUAGGACUUUGACAUACAUCAAAGAACAUUCCGUUGUGGAUCCAGUAGAAAAGAAAAUGGAACUUUGUUCCACCAAUAUCACACUCACAAACUUGGUGUCAGUGAACGAGAGGUUGGUAUACACACCCCAUCCGGAGGACCCUGAAAUGACUGUGCUCACACAAGAAGCCAUCAUCACCGUGAAGGGGAUCAGCCUCGGCAGCUACCUGGAAAGUCUGAUGGCCAACACAAUAUCAUCCAAUGCAAAGAAGGGUCGCGAGGCCUUGGAGUGGGUGAUUGGCCGACUUAACACGGAGCUGGAGGGCCUGGCAGCCCCCGCCUGCGCCAGAGCGUGAAGCACCAGCGGAGCCCAGGACCCGGAGACGCAGGUGCAGCAGCAGGUGGCAGACGUUCACCCCCACCCCCAACUCCCCGCUCCGACCCCAGCAGUGGGGCUGCGAAUUCGCUCCACACUUGGUCUGUUGGAGCGAGCAUGUGUGUUCAGUGCAUGGCUACUCUGGAAAGAGAGUGAAUUUGCCAGAUCUUGGUCUACGGCUUACCUUUACCUUCUUUCUUUAUUUUUUUAAGUAGGCUCCAUGCCCCCCCCCCCCCCCCCCCCCGGGCGGGACUUGAACUCCCACGCUGAGAUCAAGGGUUGCAUGUUCUACUGACUGAGCCAGCCAGGUGCCCCUAGCUUACCUUUACUUUUAUCUUUAUUAUUAUUAUUUGAUGGAAAGUUUUGUUUACUAAACAGGUUAGAUUUCUGAUAUCCCUUCCCCGGAAGCCAAGGUAUCAGAGUAAAAGGGAAUGGCUUUCUCCCAUCAUUCAAAUAGAAGUUUCUCUGGAUUUUUGUCCUGAGUCGGUUGUAAUCACAGACCAUGGAUAUUCCAGGUCUGGCUGUGGCUCUCGGAUCCAGCGUCAGUGCUCCAGGCGGUGGAACACCGUCCUUUCAACGCAUGCUGUGUGUGGGGCCUCCGUGCCUGCCCCCGCUCAAGUUUGGGGCCAUUCCACAAAUGUGAUAGCUGUUCUGCACGCACACUUAAUUUACUGACUGAUCUUGAAGAUCAGUCUGUCUUGAAGACAGACCCUAGAUUUAAUUUAGGAGAUGGGUUUUUAAUUAUAUGUAUACAGCGAAUAACAAAGCAUCCCCAUUUCAUUUUAGUUUCUGAACAAGAAAUAGGGUACUUUUUUCGUUUUAACCAAACCAAUCAGUUUAGUUUUUUUUUUAGAAGAGAAAUGAGUUAUCAGGAGAAACUAUUUUGGUAAUGUCCUAUUACUUGCCUAAUGCUUUAUUUUAUUGCCCAAAGCACAGAAAUAAAUCCAGAAUCCUGCCGCCUUUCCUUAGUUUGCAGUGUUACCUCCCUGUUAGUGUGGCCUUUUGAGUUUGGCAAGAAUAAAAGUUGAAUACACCAGUUACUGUGUCAACUCUUCACCUAAACUAGAAGGCACUACAGCUAAACAAGAAGCUUCCUGUUGGAAGCUGGGCUUCCCAGAGCUCUGUGAGCGCUCUAGGCGAUCCUGUGGUCUGUGUAUUGGUACCUGUCUUCUGGUUAGGUAGCUACUUCCAUACAAGCUUUCUAGAAGCAGAGCCAGGAGCUCUCUGGAAAUAGGUUUCCCUUUUUGUAGGAAAAUUGGUGGUACUCAAUAUUCUUUGAAGACUGUUCCACCUAUGUGGCAUUAGAACCAACUAUUAAAACUGUAUCUGAUUUGCACCAGUGGCUUUUGGCUUCUAAAGAGUAGAUGACUAUUUGCCUCCAGCAUUUUUGUCCUCACAUUAAGGGUUAGGCAUGCUUUGAUAUAGGAGUUAAUUGCUGGGUGUCUCUGUUAGGAGCUUCAUUUCCCUCACCCCCUGAAUAGUCUUCCCUAGCAGAUCUCUCCUUAUGGUUGAGCCUUAGUGGAUGCCCAAUAUAUUCAGAACAGGUGUUCAUAGGUUCUGUUACAACUUCAGUAUCCAAAGAGGAAGUAGGGUUAUUUAUUUGGGUGACUUUGGUGGCUGAGGAGAUUACCCUUUGUGAGCCAGCUGUUGGAUUAUAGGUAUGUAGGAGUAAAUCUGGGCAGCGUGUGACUGCUUCAUACCGCUUCAGUUUCCUCCUCAUAAAACGCAGACACUGAACCCAGCUCCAGGAUCGAACCAGGGAGCAGACGUGAAGCGCCUCAGUGCAGCCUCGUGGCACCUUGGUCCACGGUGCUGGUACCACUGGCGCUGGCCCGCCAUUGGGCCAAAGAGUCGCCUGGGGGGGCGCCACUGGGCAAGGCUAGAAUUGGGAACACUGGGCUUCGCUGAUGGAACACUUUUUGAAGCGAGGGCAUAUUUUUUUUAUCUUCACUCGUAAAGAAGUAACUGUCCAUGAGGCAAUUGGUAAGACAUUAAUGAGUACAACUAAGGACUGAUUUAGAUUUCUGUCCUUCACUGCUCAUCAUGUUCUAGGCUUCUCUUCACCUAUUAUAGGACAGUCUGCUUAGGGCAGGGUUGGCAGACUAGUCUAUGAGCUAAGCAUGGUUUUUGCAUUUUUAAAGAGUUGCAAAUAAACCCCCCCCACAUAGAAGAGUAUGCAGCAGAGACCAUAUGAAGCCCACCAGACCUAAGACUUACUAUCUGGCCCUUAAAGCCAACCCCUUUCUUAGAGAUUCCACUGCAUCUCUUAAUCAACAUAAAUCAAACUAAAUUUGUUCCCUUUCACCAAACUUUCUGCUCCCUCAUUUCUAAGUAGUGCCGCUUCCAUUUGCCAAGUACAAAACCUGAGUUAUUUAAGACUUAUUUCUCUGGCCCUUUCUGUAGCCAUAUGCAAACCAAACAUUCCUUUAAAAGGUCUCAGAUCAAUUCUGUGUCUUCUCAUUUCCCUGUCCAAGUCUGCUUUAGGUCUUAUCAUGCGGUGUGGCCAGCUUCCAAGACAGCCCCCAAGGAGGCUGCCUCCUAGUGGCCAUGUCUAUGGGUGGUCUCUUCCCACACUGAGUAGUGUGUGACCAGUGGGAUACCGCAGAAUACUCCACGAUGCUCUGUGACUUCCCAGGCCAGGUCAUAAGAGACACUGUGACUUGUACCUUGCUUGUUCGUGCAUCACCUGCUCUGGGGCAAGCCAGCUGCCAUGUCAUGAGAUGCUGGAGGAGCCCAACAGGGAGGUCCAUGUGGUUAGGAGCUGUGAGAGGGAGCCAUCUUGGAAGCAGAUCUUCUAGCCCCAGGGAAGCCUUGAGCUAACUACAGGCCUAGCUGAUGUCUUGACUGCAACCUCUGAGAUGCCCGGCCAGAAUCACCCAGCUAAAGCUGCUCCGGAUUUUCUGACCACGGAAACUUGUGAGAUAAUAAAUGUUUUCUGUUUCAAGCUA